AUGGGCGACCUACACCCUUCCACCACCCCCAACGGUGACAAUGAACAAAAACCAAUCCCCAUCACCAUCCUCACCGGCUUUUUGGGAGCAGGCAAAACAACCCUCAUCCUCAACCUCCUCCCCCAACUGCGGGCCCUGAAUCCAAACUACACUUUGGCGCUCCUAAAAAACGAGUUUGGCGACCUCGCAGUCGACAGCCAGCUUGCCUCGUCUUCUUCCAUCUCCUCGGUUAAGGAACUGCUGAACGGGUGUAUCUGUUGUAACUUGGUAGGCAGCUUAUCCUCUGCCUUGAAAGAAAUGAGGGAAACGGCGAGACCGGACAGGGUCAUCAUCGAGACGAGCGGGAGUGCGUUCCCUGCCACGUUGGCUAUGGAGGUUAAUAGACUGGUGAGGGAGACGGGGGGUAGGGAGUGGGUGUUGGAUGGGGUGGUUAGCGUGAUUGAUGUUGAGAAUUGGGGGGGGUAUGAGGAUGUUAGCUUCACGGCUAGGCUGCAGGCUAGGUAUACUGAUUUGGUGGUGUUGAACAAGUGGGAGGGUGUUGGGGAGAGGAGGGUGGAGGAGGUGGUGGAUCGGUUGGGGGAUUUGGAGGUUGAGACUGCUAGGGUGAGGAGUGAUAGGGGGAGGGUCGAGGUUGGGGUUUUGCUGGGGUUGGAUUCGAGUCUCGCUGCUGGACUGGUGGAAGGGGAGGGGGGAAAUGGGGAGGGGGGGCACGAACAUGAUCAUGGGCAUCGGAAUGAGGUGGAGGUUCUUAGUGUUGAGUUGAAGGGGACGCAAAAAGGAAAAGGGGUGGAUGCGGGAAAGCUGAUGGGGUUGCUUGGGAAGGCGCCGAAGGAUGAGGUUUAUAGGAUUAAGGCUGUGCUGACUGUGGGUGGGGAGGGGGAGGUGAAGAAUUCGGAUGAGGAUGUUCCUGUGACCAAGAGCCAGAGCGGGAGGUACAUUCUGAAUUGGGCGUUUGGGAGGUGGACGUUUACGGCUAUGGGGGGAGGGGUGAAGGAGCACGAGAGUAGCGAGGAGUCGGUGUUGAGGAUGACGGUUGUGUUGGCGAGGUAUGAGAGCACAAAGUGGAAGAGGAAGUUGGAGGCGGGUGGGUUGCUGGAGUUGGAGGGGGAUGAGAGGGGGGAGUUGGUGGUGAGGAAGAUUAAUUAG